GAGGCAGCUAGUAAACAUCAUGUUGACUUGCUAACUGGCAACAUCAGACCCAUUUAUUAUUGAACGCGGAAAUUAAUUAUUCGGGAUACAUGAAGCAAAUAUUACAUUGUAUAGAUGCUCCCUCAGCCGUGGCCGGGUAACAAUGUAACGUCAAACGUGCAGAUUCUCGCAAUAAUACACCGCAAUAUCGUUAUGAUGGUAUUUCCGAAUAAUUCACGGGUGGUAUUACUGAGAAGAAAGCGGUGUACGGUUUCUCGUCGACAGUGACUGUAAAGAAAACAUAAAAUGCUCGUAUGUAUAAUAGAGAGGUGACGACUCUCAAGGCCGCACUUAUUUUUGUUGUGUCGACCGGGCAGAUUGACUUGACAUUGGAUUCCUGUAAUAUCUCUCGUUUUCUCAUGGACCAGGACUAUAUAUAUUCCCACCUUUCUCUUCACUAUAGUCUGUCUGUGUUUUGAUAAUUAUGUGAAGAACCCUGGUACGUUUACUUUACUCUGUCAUAGUUUUAUAGAUAUUGGAUAUACUGCAAGGGCAUGGUUGGAUUGCGUGGGAUGCGAACUCUCGCCAAAGUAAUCAUCACCAUAGCUGCCUUUAUUGUUUCACCACAAAAAACAGACGACAUUAGCACUGGUGCGGCUUUCCCGCCAUGUUGUCCUGAGCCCAUGCUAUCGCUUUGUACUGAAUCAGUGGUAUAGAAUGGAUAAUCCUUCAGCGAAAUCUUGAAGUUUGUUAUACAGGCAAAACAAUGUACGCCCCAUGUGUCCUCGACGAUGAAACUGUCAUUGGCAUCAUCCUUGGCCAUGCUGAUACAGAAGCAUACUUGAAUCGACCAAAGCCUGAGAGCCAUAGGCCCGCACCAAUCACUCCCAAAGAGCCACAGAAGAAGUGCUGUUUGCCUUCACUUCCGUCGAUCCUGCCCGAAGUUUCCAAGAUGAAGUGCGAAACGCUUCGAGAGCCUUGUCUCAAGAGCUGUGUCAUCCUAUCUGUCGUUUUCAGUAUCGCCGGCAUCGCCCUGGUGGUCGUUGGCACGGUCAUGCUCACCAGACAGUCGGCGUCGUCAUCGUCGUCGGGCGGUAACCACCAGUGGAUGCUGAUCCUAGGGCUGCUGAUUGUCUUCGUCGCCAUUACUUCCUACCUGUGCCUUCGGAACUACUGCGCCUAUCAUCUAGGGGAAGCUCCUGUUAAGGUGCUGUCCAUUGAAGGGGAAGAACUGAAGGAUUGUCAGUACCAGCUGAUGAAGACACCUGAUGGUUCCAUCGAGAAGGGGUCCACUGUAUCUGAGACAGAGCUUCAUCUGAAGGCGGAUGUCUCAGAGCUAGAAUUAGCAGUCACGGAUGGAGAGAAGAGUGAAAUCUUAGCUUCGAGUGAGGACCAGCCGACCGACAACGUCACAUUCGAAGACGAGCAUGGGAGGGAACCCACAUCUCAGCACAUGCCCUCUGACACCGAAUCCGAUCUCGACUGUCAACCCGACGUUGAGUUCCGAAGACAGCUACGAAGGAUGUCGAAGGCCUUGUCGGAAGUUUAGGGAUCAAGUUCCAGUCACACCUGUCAUGAGGAUGUUGUAAUAGCGAACCGCAGUACAUUGCUUUGGUGGAGGAUCCGGACUUCUCUUGCAGGGGGAGUAUUUUUUCUUCUUCCAGGUUCAUUUUGUCCACUUUUUGCUGGGGAGGGAUACGAGGGG